AUGAGAUCCACAGGCUAUUUAUUGUUUCUGCUAAGCAUAAUUGCUUCAGCCGUGGCGUUGCAUUUUGAGAUCGAUGCCGUUGAAGAGACAAGACCUCCAAUGUGUAUACGUGACUUCGUGAGCGAAGGUCAAUUGGUUGUUGUCAACAUUCAUUCAUCAGGUUCAGUUGGUGAUGGUCAAGUGCUAAAUUUCAACAUUCGUGACAGUGUUGGUAAUGAAUACCGUAAAAAGAAAGAUUUUGCUGGUAAUGUUAGAGUUGCUUUCACUGCCCACUCUUCAGCUGCUUUUGAUGUCUGUUUCCAAAAUGUUUUACAACAAAGAGGUAGAAAAUUAUCAAGAGAACUUGAAGUUGAUAUAGAAGCUGGUUCAGCUGCUAGAGAUUGGAAUGCUAUCCAAGCUGCUGAAAAAUUGAAACCAGUUGAAGUUGAAUUGAGAAAAGUUGAAGAAUUAACUGAUGAAAUCGUCGGUGAAUUAGAAUAUUUGAAAGCUAGAGAGGAAAGAUUAAGAGAUACCAAUGAAUCCACAAACAGAAGAGUCAGAAACUUUUCUAUAGUCAUAAUUAUUGCUUUAAUCAGUUUAGGGGGAUGGCAAAUUCGUUACUUGGGUAAUUAUUUCAAAGCCAAACAUAUCAUUUGA